GUGUGUACGAUAGGACUGUGGUACUGAUGAGCCGCUGAUGCUGCCACAGGAGCCCCUGUCAUGACCCAUCACCCAGAAAUACACGCCGAAACGCACGUUGGGGUAGCGCCAUCAUGGUUGGUCCACUCCUGGUCUGAUGUUGGUUUUGGCUAUGAGCACUUGACGCAAUGAAGAUCCGGUUACUUGUGAGUUCAGCAUCAUGGUUGUUCUGCAGACAUGGGACCCGAGCAGUAGAGAAAAAACUGUUCUUCACGUCUUGGCAGAAUGGUUGCCUGACUGGUUACCGCAGAGAGUGGGCUAAGAGCAAAUUACUAAGGGGACUGCACUCCUGGCAGGCCUUGUUAGAUUGUGAACGGAAACGCUGGGAGGCAGCCUGUGUGACGUACCAAGAUCUGACUGAAGUUCUGAUGAAACGGCUUAAGGAGAUGCAUCAGAAGUAUCCGAUAAGAGCAGAACGCAACAUGAUUAAACAUGGAGAUUACACAUAUUUUGAUGAGGACUCCUACAUCUAUCGCUUUCAGGAAAGCAUUGGAGAAGAUAGCAUAGAGACUCUCUUCAGCCCUGAGGAUGCUGGGUUACACGAAUACGUAAUUCAGCGCAUCCGGAUUUCUCCUGCACAGACUUAUUUGGCUGUUACUCUGAAAAGCUUGGAUCGGGAAGAGGCCACCUGUAUAGUGGUGAGGGUGGAGGGACAGCCGCAAGUAGUAUGCAGUAUACCAAAUGUCUUUAGUUGUGAGUGGGUUACAGAUAACGUCCUAUUUCACACGAGGCAGGAUAAUCUCCAGUGCCGUUCUGUGUAUGCAGCAGAAUUCAGUGGAGAAAGUACCACCAGACUGGUUUAUCACGAGAAGGAUCCCAGGUUUUUCGUAGACCUUUAUAUGACCAGAGACCACCGCUUUCUCACCAUCAACAGUAACAGUAAGACGUCUGCUGAGGUCUGGCUUGUUGACUGUAGUGCCCCUUACUUGCCUCCUGCCCUGGUGCAGAACCGGCUGCCUGGUGUCCUUUAUCAUGUGGAGCACAGAAAUGGCUGCCUCUAUAUUCUGACAACGUACGGAGAGCCUGCAGAGUACAAGCUGAUGAUGGCCCCACUAAACAGUGAUGUACAGCAGUGGAAGCCCAUAUACAGGGUUCCUGCAGAAUCCCGACUGCUGGACAUGGAGAUGUUGGAGGAUUAUUGUGUUAUGUUCAUAAGACAGAGAAAUGAGCUGCACAUGGACGUCAUCUCCCUCUCUAGAGAGACAGUAAUUGGUUCUCUGAAGCUUCCAGCGUGGGCCUGUGCACUGCAACCUGAAUCUCGCCCAGAGGAGAGGACAAGCACAAUCAACUUUUACCUUGAGUCUCCCGUUCAUCCCCCGAUGAUGUUUGCUUAUUCUGUACCAGCCAAGAAAUUGUCAGUGGAAGCCGGUUACAGCAGAGAGGGGAGCGAGACUUGUCACCUUGUGCGAAUGAACGCAAAGAGCAAGGAUGGGACUUUGGUGCCAGUCACAGUUUUUUAUAAAGCAGAGCGUGGGCUCCGAGACAGACCCCUACUAGUUCAUGUCUACGGUGCUUACGGCAUGGACUUGAACAUGAGCUUUAAAGCUGAGAAGAGAAUUCUGGUUGAAGAUGGCUGGAUAUUGGCUUAUUGUCAUGUAAGAGGUGGCGGAGAACUGGGCUGUAACUGGCACAAACUGGGUAAUCUGGAGAAGAAGCAGGAUGGCCUGGAGGACCUGGAAGCUUGCAUUGUACACGUGCAUGGUCAGGGAUUUUCUCGGCCCUCCAGGACAGCACUAGAAGCCGCUAGCGCUGGAGGAGUCCUCGCUGGAGCUCUGUGCAAUUCCAGGCCUUGGCUUUUGCAAGCGAUGGUCUUAGAGGCACCUUUCCUUGAUGUGCUGACUACUAUGAUGGACCCGUCUUUACCACUCACCAUUGAAGAGCAUGAAGAAUGGGGCUGUCCGCAGAACAACGUACAACACUACAGAGCUAUACAGGCAUAUUGUCCUUAUCAGAAUAUCACUCCGCAGAAUUACCCCUCUGUUCUCAUCACUGCUUAUGAGAACGACCAGAGGAUCGCGUUGAGUGGAUUGCUGCGGUACAUGAAAAAGCUCAGGACGGCCGCACUCUGCCAUUUCCAGACAUCAGCUCUGCCAGAUUGGAGGAUGCCAAAUAUAUUGCUAGAUGUUCAGCCUGGAGGUAGUCACUGUGAUUCCUUGUCCUGGGAAGAUUCCUUGAAGAAGGUGGCCACUCAUCUUGCUUUUCUACACAAGGAACUGAAACUCCAGGAGACAUGAGCAUUUAGACAUCGCAAAGAAAUACCUGGAAAGUAAAGUUCAUGAAACAUAAGAAAAAAAUAAUUGCUAUGCCCGUAUCUCAUUUAGCUCCCACAUAAGAAGCACCUGACAGGCCAAAUGGAGUGACCCUAGUGGUGACUGCUUCUCCAUCAGCUUAAGACUCUAUCCUCUGGUUCUUUCAAAGCCACCACCUUCUCUGCCCUUAACCUGCAUAAUCCAUCUCCAAAGCCAGUUCCCAUCCCAAAAUAGGACAGCCUUGUGCCCACCAUUUUAUCACAUCCUCCAUAAACUCCAUGAAUUUUGACUUCACCCAUUCACAAAUGUCCAGACCACUCUGCCCAAUUAACAAAAAAUUGUCAAAAUUGUAAGCUAUCAGGAUAUAACAGACACCAAUGAAUAACCAGCUGAACUUUUCAAUGCACAAGAAGAGGAACACCCCAUAGGGAAACGAAUGUCUACAAAAUACCCCAUUUUUAGAAAACAAAACAAUGAACUCAAAGCUAUCCUGUACAGGAAAAAAUCUAAAAGCCUACUCCUUAUUAGUUUGGCCAUUAAUGUGCCUUUUCUCGAUGACUUCACCAUCUCUAUCAGAUCUUCAAAGGAUUGCUAAUGCCUCUUACAAGUAUGCAUCUCAAUUGUGUCAUUUGCUGACUCUACUCUGGGGCAAUAUCAUUGCUUAAUUUUAAAUUUUUCCUGUCUCUUUCUUGAGAAAAACUGCUAUGGGUGCUCAAACAUUUUUUUUUCCACUGGAGCUUCCUUAAAGGGGCCCUCCAUCCUUGGCACUCCAGAAUAAUCACUGGCCAAAAGAAACAAUACAUUUCCAACAAAUGGAUGAACACCAAGAAACCCUGAAUGUAUAUUUAACCAUCACUUUUCCAAGGGAUAUUAACCCUUUAAAAGCAACAAAAAAAUGUACAUCCGAAAAUAUACAAAUAAGCAAAUGGUCUUCCUCUGAAAUUGACCCAAGGUCGAGCGCCUAUUAGGUAGCCACUGAUUUCCCAGGGAGUCGCCUUAGCCACACAAUUAUCCCUACACUUUUGUGUCCCUGUGCGACAAAUGUUCAUCAUUGUAUACAAUUAGAUGAUAAUUCUAAAUUGCUUCAUAUGUGUAAGGGAUUGAUUUUGUAUAUGCACUUGAUAAGUGAUUUAUUUAUUUAUUUUUGCCUUUUUUAUAUUGAAAUUGGUGAAUAAGUGCCCCAUUC